AUGUUUUCCCUUCGCUCCGUUCCCUUUUUACUCGCCAUCACUAUCUUUUUAUUCUUAACCAUAACUACCGCUCAUGAAGACCAAACUAAUCUCGACAAACGGGGCCAUUAUUAUCAUAAUAGACCUUCUCACCGUAUAAAAUACCACAAAGAUUCUAAACAUGUCGAACAACCCAAACCCAUCGAGCAUAAUCAAGAAUCUAGCCAUAUCGAACAACCAAAACCCCAACCCAAACCCGUAGAGCAUCAUCAAGAAUUUAAACAUAUCGAACAACCAAAACCCCAACCAAAACCACAACCCAAACCUAUCGAGCAUCAUCAAGAUUCUAAACAUAUCGAACAACCAAAACCAAAACCCAUCGAGCAUCAUCAAGAUUCUAAACAUAUCGAACAACCAAAACCAAAACCCAUCGAGCAUCAUCCUGAUUCUAAACAUUUCGAACAACACAAACCUAUCGAGCAUCAUCAAGAAAACAAACAACAUCAUGAAGAUCCUAAACACUUCAAACCUCUUAAACACAAUUCUAAAAAUCCUAAUGAUCAUAAAUUCAUAGAACAUCCUGAUAAUCAUAAAAAUCCUAAUAAUCCUAAACCUAUUGGACAUCCGAAUCCCGAACAUAAAACUACUACUAAAUGUUCUAAAACAACAAAACAUUCAGAACCUACCCACAUAAAAACUGAAGUUACUACCACUUGUACAAAAACUACAACUACUGUAGUCACCAUUCCUCCACCAAUUACGACUGAAACUACUACCACUUGUACAAAAACUACAACUACUGUAGUCACCAUUUCUCCACCAAUUACGACUGAAACUACCACCACUAACCCAAUUACGACUACUAUAGUCACCACAUCUGAACCAGCUACGACUACUGUAAUUACCACCUCUGAACCAAUUACAACUACUGUAGCCACCACAUCUGAACCAGCUACGACUACUGUAAUUACCACCUCUGAACCAAUUACAACUACUGUAGCCACCACAUUUGAACCAGAUACGACUGAAGUAACCACAACUCAACAAGAAACGACUGUAGAAGCUACCACUACUGAACAAGCAACGACCAUCGAAGCUACCACCACAGAACAAGAAACGACCGUAGAAGCUACCACCACAGAACAAGCAACGACCACAGAAGUUACCACCACUGAACAAGCAACAACAGUAGAAGCAACCACCACUGUAGAAGCUACCACCACUGAACAAGCAACAACAGAAGAAGCUACCACCACUGAACAAGUUACCACCACUGAACAAGUAACAACAGUAGAAGCAACCACCACUGAGCAAGCAACGACUGUUGAAGCUACGACUACCGAACAAGCAACGACUGUUGAAGCUACUACUACCGAACAAGCAACGACUGAAGAAGCUACCACUACAGAAGAAGCAACCACCACGGUAGAAGCAACCACCACUGUGGAAGCUACCACCACUGAAGAAGCCACGACUGUAGAACCUACCACUACUGAACAAUCAACAACUGCAGAAGCUACAACUACUGAACAAGCAACAACUGCAGAAGCUACCACCACUGAACAAGUAACAACAGUAGAAGCAACCACCACUGAGCAAGCAACGACUGUUGAAGCUACGACUACCGAACAAGCAACGACUGUUGAAGCUACUACUACCGAACAAGCAACGACUGAAGAAGCUACCACUACAGAAGAAGCAACCACCACGGUAGAAGCAACCACCACUGUGGAAGCUACCACCACUGAAGAAGCAACGACUGUAGAAGCUACCACUACUGAACAAUCAACAACUGCAGAAGCUACAACUACUGAACAAGCAACAACUGCAGAAGCUACCACUGAACAAGCAACGACCACAGAAGCUACCACCACUGAACAAGCAACAACAGUAGAAGCUACCACCACUGAACAAGCAACGACCGCAGAAGCUACCACCACUGAACAAGCAACAACAGUAGAAGCUACCACCACUGAAGAAGCAACGACUGUAGAAGCUACCACUACUGAACAAGCAACGACUGUUGAAGCUACCACUACAGAAGAAGCAACCACCACUGUAGAAGCAACCACCACUGAAGAAGCAACGACUGUAGAAGCUACCACCACUGAACAAGCAACAACAGUUGAAGCAACCACUACUGAACAAGCAACGACUAUAGAAGCCACCACCACUGAACAAGCAACGACUGUUGAAGCUACCACUACCGAACAAGCAACGACUGUUGAAGCUACCACUACAGAAGAAGCAACCACCACUGUGGAAGCUACCACCACUGUAGAAGCUACCACCACUGUAGAAGCUACCACUACUGAAGAAGCAACGACUGUAGAAGCUACCACCACUGAACAAGCAACGACUGUAGAAGCUACCACUACUGAAGAAGCAACGACCGUAGAAGCUACCACUACUGAAGAAGCAACGACUGUGGAAGCCACCACCACUGAACAAGCAACAACAGUAGAAGCCACCACUACUGAACAAGCAACAACAGUAGAGGCAACUACUACUGAACAAGCAACGACUGUUGAAGCUACUACUACCGAACAAGCAACGACUGUAGAAGCUACCACUACUGAACAAGCAACAACUGCAGAAGCUACCACCACUGAACAAGCAACGACCGCAGAAGCUACCACCACUGAAGAAGCAACGACUGUAGAAGCUACCACCACUGAACAAGCAACAACAGUAGAAGCUACCACCACUGAAGAAGCAACGACUGUUGAAGCUACCACUACUGAACAAGCAACAACAGUUGAAGCAACCACCACUGAACAAGCAACAACUGCAGAAGCUACAACUACUGAACAAGCUACCACUACUGAACAAGCAACAACUGCAGAAGCAACCACUACUGAACAAGCAACAACUGCAGAAGCUACAACUACUGAACAAGCAACGACCACAGAAGCAACAACAGUAGAGGCUACUACCACUGAACAGGCAACAGUAGAAGCCACCACUACUGAACAAGCAACGACUGUAGAAGCUACCACUACAGAAGAAGCAACCACCACGGUAGAAGCAACCACCACUGUGGAAGCUACCACUACUGAACAAGCAACGACCGUAGAAGCUACCACCACUGAACAAGCAACGACUGCAGAAGCUACCACCACUGAACAAGCAACGACCGUAGAAGCUACCACCACUGAAGAAGCAACGACUGUAGAAGCUACCACUACUGAACAAGCAACAACAGUAGAAGCCACCACCACUGAACAAGCAACGACCACAGAAGCAACAACAGUAGAGGCUACAACCACUGAACAGGCAACAGUAGAACCCACCACUACUGAACAAGCAACGACUGUAGAAGCUACCACCACUGUGGAAGCUACCACUACAGAAGAAGCUGCCACCACUGCUGUUGAAGCUACCACCACUGCGGAAGCUACCACCAUUGUAGAGGCUACCACUACUGAACAAGCAACGACUGCAGAAGCUACCAUUACUGAACAAGCAACGACUGUAGAAGACGCAACUACCACUACUGAAGCAGCCAUAGUACCCAACGCUAUUAUCGCUGCUAAUAACAACAAUGUUAAUCCUGAUCCUACUACCUCGGUGAUCUUAGACAAUAAUCCUGUACCGACCACCACUGGAAACAGCGAUAACGGUAAUCCUGCACCUACUACCACAGGUCAGGUGGUGGACCCAAACAAUAAUCCUGCACCUACUACCACAGGUCAGGUGGUGGACCCAAACAAUAAUCCUGCACCUACUACCACAGGUCAGGUGGUGGACCCAAACAAUAAUCCUGAUCCUACUACCACAGUGAUCUUAGACAAUAAUCCUGUACCGACCACCACUGCAGAGUAG